CAGGUUCAUCUCCUCCCUCUAUUUCUUUCUGGAACCUUUCCCUUCUCUCGGACUCUCCCUCCUCCCUUGCUCUUCCUUCCCUGGCGGCGACGACUGGGCGAGCGGCGGCGCCGUUUGUAACGUCUUCGCCCAGCUCUUUGCCGGCGACGAGCACCCACAAGGUUUCGUCUCUAUGGGGUUAUUCAGGGGCAGCUUUACUCUCUUGGUGGGAAUGGGAUGCGGUAUCUAUAUAGCUCAGAAUUACAACGUUCCAAAUGUCAAGAAGCUGUUCAACACCUACGUUUUCAUGGCAAAGCACAUCGAGGAAACCUACCGGAAGCCAAAGAAAGACGAUGAUUGAUCCUUUUAUAUUGGUCUUCCCUGCUAUGCUCGGGGAAAGUGGAGUACAGCUAACGUGAUAGGAAACAUUUUUGAAUUGGCAAGGGCAAUUUUGGUGAUCGACAGGUUAUGAACUAUGGUGGAUUAUCUUGGUUAGUUGUGGAAUUCAGUUCCUGUAAAAAAAUGUUGGUCUGCUUUGACCAUGAAUAUGUAGACGAGCAUUUCCUUUGGUCGUGUUCCUGUGCCUGGAAAAUGCGCAGAACUUUGCAGCUGAAGUGUGGCGGUGGAUAAUCUCGCAUCAUAAUAUGAAUGCACUGAAACAUUUUGGCAUGUUUAGGUUUGCUUUGUUUUCUUAAAUUGCAGUUUGCC